AUGGGAAAUAUUCAUAAUGAUAAUGAUGGAAGCACUGCCUCCCUAUAGGCUUGUACACCUACUUACCUAGGCACUGAUUCAUAUAUAUUAACGAUUCACUACAAGAGAUUAGCUACAAACUUGUAUAAAUCUACACCUUACAAAUUGGUACAGCAGCCAAACAAGCAUAAAUACUUUCAUGUCUCAUCAUCUUUCUCGUCCUUUAUUCCACAUCACUUUCGAUGUAUAGUGCACCUUGUUUUUCAUAACAAAGUUCCAUUGUAUCUAGUUUGUAACUAUAUUACCUAGCUCGACCACCACCAGAGAGCUUUACAACAUGUUACCUGACGAUUUAGCUAGUUCUUACUCAAGCUACAAGGCAGAUACCUCUUUGUUCACAAAUUGGCUUUUCAAAUCCGCCAUAGCUUGUGGCUAUAAGAUACCGAUAGUCACAUCUCCAAUCCAAGAUGUCUUGACACCAGUUCCAGUCUUAAAACCACAGCCCAGGCUCAAAGGGAAGGCUAGAAAGCUCGCCAAAGAAUCUAAGGAUAAACAAAAGGUUCAAGAAAGUGUACCUGUGUUGAGAGCGCCCUCAAAUAAGUACACUAUCACAACAACAGAGAUCUUGAAGCAAGCCAAUUUUGUCACUGGAAAGAUUGAGCUACCACAAACGGUUCGCAAGGUUCUUCAGAGAGCUAUCCAGGCUCGACAACGCUGUGCAAAUUGGUUCGAGUCAUCCAAUUUUGAGAACCAGUCUUCGAACAAAGGUCAUCAACAUUUCAUCGGACUUCUAAAAGACAUUCUCAGUGCUCUAGACCAGGGCCGAAAUGACAGGAGUCAUUCGAAUAGCACGUAUGUACCAAACAAGACCACAACAAAGUCCCAAGACACGGAAGCUUCUUGGAAUGAGAUAUCCAAUAGCUUUCAAAACCUUGACGUCGAAGACUGCUUGGAGGAAGACAGUGAGGUCGAAAAUGAUGAAGAAAGUCCCGAGCCCAAUACUGACACCCCGGACACUUGCGAACUAGAAGAAGAAUCCUUGGAGAUGAAGAUGAGCAUGAUGAUCUUCUAUUUCUUUGAGGAUCUUCAUCGGAUUCAAAAUUUCCUACGUGGAAUAUGGAAGAGAUACAAGGAUAAGACGCUGGAUCUCCUCAGCGCUACCUUGAUCACAAAUGCAGUGUUUGAGUUAGUUCGUCGCAGUGAACAGGAAAUUUUGAGCAAUGCACCAAAGUUAUUCUCAAAGAAACGAUCAUAUGACACCAUUGCAGCUGUCAUCUUCUACGCAAACGGACUCAACACAGGGAAAGACCCCACACAGAAAAUGGAGUCGAAGGAAUGGUUACGGCCUACACCAUUUGACGACUUCAUAUAUCUAUCCACUGCUCGUAUCUUGAUGAAAUACGAUAAGCUUUAUAAGAUAGGCCCGGUUUAUCCCAUUCCUACACUUCCGUUACGGUCAGCCUACAUCUCAUGCCCGGAGAUUCUGGGAACUCCUUACAUGGACAAGAAGGAAAAGGAGGAUGUCUUACUCUCACAACUCAUCAUGGAUCUUGACUUGCUCGACGAAUAUAACAAAUUCACGAAAAAUGAGGAAUAUCAAGCUCCGGCACAAUAUGCACCUCCAGCCGCAGAUGCUUUGACUUCCGGCUUGUUGAAAUUAAAAGACGAAGGAAACAUCAGCGUCACUGUUGUAUUUGCCUCGCAAAUAUUCCUCGAUUUGAACCAGAUACUUGGCGAUAACAUCCGAGAAGGACGCGAAGAUUGGGAGAGAUUGGUUUCGAAACGUCAACGUAGUCUAGAUUCCUGUCUCUAUCUUCCAAAGGAUACUGCUAGUGGUCACACGUGGAGUCCUAACGAUAUACACACGAUUAAGAAGAUACGGCGCUUCCUACAGUUCUGCUCAGGGCCAGAUUGGGGCAAAGUUUAUGAUAACGAGUCCACUUCUACAACAGGCUCGUUCAAUCGCUUGGAUCAAGAAUCAAGUAGCGCUUCUGUCCUCCAACCAAUAGCGAGCAAAAACACAUACUGCACGGAACAAGGAAACCUACCAGGAGUACAGUUCUCAAAAGAUCUAGUGCUAACCAACACCUAUACUCGGUUUCCAGAGUGGGGCAUCCUUUGGGAUGGCAGGUUAGCCUAUGAUUGGAGCGAAAAAUGGUUGGUACGCAUUGGCGCAGUUACGAAAGCUGGUAACACCGAGACAUGCAAUCAGCAACUCAUUGAAGGUAUCAGGCAGCUCGAUAUUCGAUUGAUAAAGCCUCCUAGUGACCCAAUUUUUUUUUAUAUACACAAUCCUAUUUUUUGUGGGAUGGUUGCUCUCAGAUUAUUGACGAGCUACGACGAGGCCGGUCUUGCCCAUUCUGACUAUCACCUUGUCAUGACCUUCGCGGCACAUCUGUACGAGGAAUGUGUAAGAACCAACUUUAUUCAAAAAAGAUGGCCAGCACUGGAAACAAUGAUAAAGCUACACAGGAAGGAAGUUUUUGAUGGAAUCGUGCCAAAGUCCGCAGACGAGGCGUACAAUAUAUUCUCCAAACACUUUUUCCUCUCCAAGGUUUCAGAUCGAGAAUAUACCAGAACAAGACGUUCACCGAAUAUGACCAUGCAAAAACUGUCCAGAAAUACUCUCAGUCUGGCUAUCCGUCCAUUUCUGGAGCACCAAGCCACUUUCGAUGAAGCCACCAAUAAUCUCCAGAAUCUAGUCCAAGAUCUUCCGGCCGCAGCAAUGAGGAAAGAUAAAAAUCGACGUGCAAAACGACAACUCACUUCAUUACAAUUCCUUCGUGUUUUGGAAGACUUUCUGCCCGAUGAGAUGCCAAAAAUUCAAUUCGAUUACAUCUCGUUGACGAUCCCUUGUUAUCGUCUAUUGGAGAAAAUUCGAUUGGGAAUCGAUCCCACUGGAAAACAAAAUCCAAAGCGGAAAUUGUCCAGUGGAAUUGAACCGGCGUAUUUGUAUAUGACUUUGGAUAUACUAUCUAAAGGGAGGACUGGAGGCGAAAACCCAUUGUUGAAAAUUGCAGCGGGGGUGUUGGACAAGUUUUUGGAAGAGGAAAUUUUGAAAUAA